AUGCUUAGACUCACUUCAAGGCCAAAAGAAACAUUCACUAGGUUGAACGAUCGCAGUGACCCCUCUAGAAACCUGUUUUUCCAGUAUACAUGGGGCUCUUGGUUGAAGAACGACGCUUUAGAGAAAGCCAGGAGGGAGACUAGAUUUAACAUCGAGAAUUUGUCCACGUUCGUGAAAUCUUUAAAGGUGCAAGAUUCGGAAGUGCUUGCUAAACCACAAGCUUUGUCUAACGGGAUUGUGACCUUACCUAACAAUAUGACCCAGGAUAUCAUGGGCGGAACCGGCUUCGAACUCAAGUCAAUAGCCAGUAUUCAUGAAGGAAAGCAUCACAGAGUGUAUAAACUCACCUUGGCCAGCGACAAAGAGUUGGUGUUGAGAAUUCCUUAUAAAUUGGAAUCUGAUUUCGCCAUUGAGCAGAAAAUCAAGAGCGAGGUUGCCACGAUGGAUUUCCUCGCUGAGAAGCUAAACGCCAGUGUGCCAAAGGUUCUUGCUUAUGGUGCUACCAGAACAAACCCAUUGCAAACUCCGUUCAUUUUGAUAGAGCAUAUAGAAGGAGAGUUGUUGAUGAAACAAUGGGACCCCAUGAUGGCUGACUCUGACACGAGCAAAGCAAAGUUGCUGGAGGUUAUCCAGCCUAUUAUGAAUUUUUCCGACACUGCUCUCUCAGUCACGUUUAACCGGUUUGGAUCUCUUUACUUUUUCGAUGACGUCAACCCCGAGCAACAGUCAGUGCUUCCAUAUGAUGGCGAGACCAACGAGGCUUUGAAAAACAGAUGGAGGAUCGGACCAAGUGUGGAGAGAGUGUUUUCGAAAAACAAAAAACACUUGAAUGCUCAGCAGGUCGGUCAAUUUAACGGGCCCUGGGAUGCAAACAAGCCAUUGGACAUGAUCACUGAUGUAGCGGGCAUUCAUUUGGAGAGCUUAAGGCUGAGACUUGCUUUGGCUCAGGCAGAUGCUGGCAACAAGGUGGAGAAUGUCGACGCGUUGAAAAAGCAAAUUGGCGUGUUUGAUGACUUAAAAACCAUGUCACAAAAACUCUUCAAUCCAACUUCCAAGUCCGUCAUGAACGUUACAGAGAUGUUUAAACCCAGACUCUUCUUUCCAGACUUGGACCCCUUGAAUGUCAUUGUUAGAGACGGCGUCCCCGUGUUUCUUGACUUUGAGCAUGCUUCCAUCAAGCCUUUUAUUCUUGCCAACUACCCGUCUUUCAUCGCCUACCAGGGAGCUAAAAUCUACAACUUAGAAGACGAAAUUCCAGAGUACAGCACCAUGGAUGAUGUUGAUAAGCAGCAAUACCAGUUCAUGUACUACAAAACCAGAAACGAACGGAUGUGGGAACACGCUCUCAACGAGAAGAGACACGAUUUGAUUGCUGUGGCGUCUCCUCACGUGAAAGUCUUGAAGGCACCCUACUUACAGGCAUUGGAGUGCAAGAGUGACAAGGACUACUUGUUCGUGGAGAAUGCCAUGGUACAAUUACAGGCUAUGUGGAAUGUGUAUGUUGCCAAUGGGCUUGUGAACACCGAAGAAAACGGAUUCCCGAUUGAAUACACGCAGACCCAGUUAGACGAGCACCAAGCUUAUUUGGAAGACCACCAGACCGAGGUCAUGUCUACGCCAUUUGCGGCCACGGGGGGUUGGGUGCCUCAGGACAUGUUCGCCGUGUUAAAGGAGCAAAACAUCUUGGUCAAGGACAAGAACGGCGACUAUUUCAUUGAAAAGGAGGCUGUAUUGAGAGACGUUCCAGGAACUGAGAAUACGGAAGGAACUGAGCCCAAGACAGAGCAGUAA